AUGAACGAAGGCUAUAGUUUUCUUCAACUUUUGUUUGUCAAGUAUUCCGAUUCAGAAUAUCUCAGCGAAGCUUGGACGCCAAUCAAUGAAACUCUCAAACAAUUUCUUCAGAAUUCUGUUGAAAAUUUCAAACCAACAUCAUAUCAAACUACUUAUUGUCAAAUAUACAAAAGUGUAUGUAAAGGUUACAAAGAACGACUUUUUGAUGAUUUAAAAAAUCUUGUUACAGAACAUUGCUACAGUUUGAAACGACAAUUGGAUGAAAGUAUGCAAAAAAUGAUCGAUGAUCGUUCAAAUACUCGUAUGAAUCUUUUCUUUCUACAAUUUACCAAUUUACUUCAUCAAUAUCGUCGAGCCAUUGAAGGAAUUGUGCCACUUUUCCAUUAUCUAGAUAUUAUUUAUGUUAAACCAAAAGUCAGAUCAAGUGUUGAGCAGGAGCUAUUACUUCUUUAUAAAACAAUUAUUGUUGAACCUUUUCUUAAUCAUAUCUUCACUUUACUUCAACAUCUCAUCAAUACAUCACAUAGACCAUCUAAAGAGACAAUCGAUUUAUUAUUACAUUUGAUAAGUGACAUCACACCGGAAUCAGCGAUCAAACAAUACGAUUUAUUUAAAAGAUACUGUGAUGGUGAAGAUGUAUUCAGUGAAAUUACUUCAAAUGAUGAAGACAUGAUAACAUCUGCACCGCGAACCACUUCAAAAAGGCCAGUUGAUGAUUUACUAGGAGAAGAAGAUCAACCUUCAGCGAAACGUACAACGAAUAUAAUCAAAUCUCCACAUACAGAUAAUUAG